GACCGGUAAAUUGAGGAAAGGUUUUGAACGCCAUCACGGCUACACGACAUAAUUUAGAAGUGAAGCAUUUAAAAUAUUAUCAUCCUAUUUGAAUGACUGAAUUACCAUCAAGUUGAUUAUUUGGGGGCGGAAGGACUUUAAAAUUUGUCGUAAAGGAGGGCCCCGUUGAUAAAGAGAAAAAAAACUCCGGACUGCGUAACACGAUUGGGUAAAUAAAGGUGUUGUCUUGUUCGAAAUCGGAGUUAGUUUUACGACAUGCCACGAACUAAACAUUCUCAACGGUUGAAGCAACGCCAGUCGCAACAUGAAUGCGACUUGAUAAUAAGAGAUUUUGAAAGACAGGCUCAAAUGAAAACUCAGACGUUGCAAGCCAAAUGUAAAAUGGAGAUAAAAAAUGUAGAAACUCAUAUAAACAUGCUCUGGGCUCGUAUUCCACCCGAAAUUAGACAGUUAACGUUCGCCGAUAUCCUUAAUUUACCAUACGAAGAAGGUAAAGAAAAUGAGGGCGCAACAUCGUCGACAGUGAAUAGGAUAACUCCACCAGUAAAGCCUUCUGUUACUUCGAAAAAGACUAAGCAUACCAUCACAGGGUCUGAUGAUGGUUAUGACACCGAAAGUGCGACAACUCGUGUAUCCAGAGCCCGGAGUAGAAAUGGGUCUGGAAUGAGCCGCACAAAAACUUUACGUGCAUCGUCAGCAGUGAAGAAAGAAAAUGCUGCAUUCAAAACCCCGGCACCGCGCAGAAUGCCAAGUGGCUACGCAAUCGUUACUCCAAAGAUUAUGCCUAACACGCCUCUGAAAAUAUUAAGAAGGCCACAUCAAGGAGAAACAGCCAUUAGCAUGCAGGGCAGCCCAUUAUUGGUUUCCACUGACAUACAAGACUCAGUUGCCAACGUCAACGUCGCGCUACAAAAUGGGAAUAUCAUUUCUUUGGCUUCAACGAGCCACGAAUUGAGACUGUCUCAUAUUCCGAGUCUAGACGAGGAGACAAAACGUCAUUUACAAACCCUAAGAGAUCACUUAGAUAAAGUUAUUCGUAAGAAAUAGUUGACCGCAUGGUUUCCUUGGUUAUUGUAAUAUUGUAUACCAAGGAAUGACUGCACUUCUAUAUAAUUGUUUACAUUAAUUAGGGGCCCUGUUCAAUUUAAUAUGGCGUAUUUUUAUAUUUAAAUUUUAUAAGUAUCCAUUUACACUGUAUCCAUAAAACCUAAGUUGACGAAUGUUCGUUAAGCUAUUGUGAAUAAGUUUGUACUCAGUCCGACACCUAUAUGCAUGUCUCAAUAGGUUCAAUGACGAACGAUCCACCUAAUAAUUUACUGAAUACUCGUGUGUAGGCUCAAUAGUUUAUCAAUUAAUUUAAACAA